AUGGGGGAACAGCCUCUGGAAAAUGGAUACCCAUGCCCAUGUCGAUCCUUUCGAACGGAGGACUCCUGCCGAAUGACUGUCCCCAACAAAUUCGCCAAGCUCGGCUUACUGCCCCGACGGAUAAUACAUACAUGUACAUCAAAAGUGAGGUUUUGCUGCAAAACGCGAAGGAACACCCAUCCUUUUCCUUCUUCAGCAUCAGUAACGCAUUUGUCCAUGUUGGCUGCCACCUGUGGAAGAAUCAAAACAACCUCUGCAGAAAUCCCUCCGUUUCAAUAUGAUCCUUCUAUGGAACCCGCUCCUGGAAUGUUCCAGUUUUGGAACAAUGAAGCAUUUGGAGGCUCCCACACAAUGCCAUUCAGUCCUCCAAAGGCUCAGUAUUCCUGUGGAACUGCACCAUCAGCUUUGGGUUCACAUGAACUCCCUCUGACCCCUCCAGCAGAAUCGGUCUACACGUUUGAGCUGUCUUCUGUGAAGAUUUUGACAACUUCGGUUCCUGCGAGUUGUGCCUAUUCUUACCCCGACACAGCCAAUGGAAUUGCUCCAAACCUCUCCAGCUUCAUUUCCAGUUCUUCCACUUUGCAGUCCAGACAUGUAUCUCUGAAUCAUGCUGAUGAAAUCCCUUGGUGGAGCAUGCAACAACCUGAUCCUCUCCAUCUUCACCAUCUCCAGUUUGGAAGACCCUUGAUCCCAGGCCAUCAAGCUCAGUUGCCAACCACACUCCAGAGCUCUUCCAAGAGCCUUCUAACCUGUUCCAGGCGUUGUAGGCGAUGUAGAUGCCCCAACUGCCAGUCUCCCAACAACAGUGGGGAAAAGGGGAAGAAGAAACAGCAUGUCUGCCACAUUCCGGGCUGCGGGAAAGUCUAUGGGAAGACUUCCCACCUGAAGGCUCACCUGCGAUGGCACGCUGGGGAACGCCCCUUUGUUUGCAACUGGCUCCUUUGUGGGAAAAGUUUCACCAGGUCUGAUGAGCUGCAGCGACAUCUGCGGACACACACUGGGGAAAAGCGCUUCUGCUGUCAAGAAUGUGGCAAAAGGUUCAUGAGGAGUGACCACCUGUCCAAACACACCAAAACCCACCAAAACAGACAGCUAAAGCACACCAGCACGACUCUGGAGAGCAUCAAGAAGGAAUAAGGAAAAGCAGCUUCCCUGAUUUUUGGUUCUGGAACAACCCCAUUAACGGGCUGCUGAGCCAUGCAGGGCAGGUAGUUCUGAAGUUGGAUCUCUGCUCUGAGUUCACUGAUCUCAGCCAGGGUGAUAAUAAGGGAUAUUGUAUGUAGCUUGGUGUCCCUGGGCUAGGGAAGGGGGGAAAUCGGCUAAGAUUCCUGCUCGGAACCACUGAAUGUUGAACUUUUGCUGUGAAACUACACAUGAAUGUUGGACAGGGGACAGGUUGUGCCCAUGAAACCCUAGGUUGGCCACCUAUU